AUGUUUGCACACGCUCCUAAUACUCGACAGCUGGAGCUGAAAAAUCGUCAAGGCGAUAUUUACCGCAUUCAAGUGGCGUGGCCCCUAGCUUGGGACACCCCUAAUGGAUCCGACCAUAGCGCGUCUAUCAUGUAUGUUAACCACGAAGUCAAGAGGAUCCGGUAUAUUUCAUGGGCUCAUAACAGUUAUCUUAGCUAUAUACUAGAUGGAAAUGCGCUCUUCUUUACAGCAGCUGAAGCCUCCCGUCGUAGUGCAGUGCUUUCAACAAGUGAUCAUGCCAUCGUUGUAGGGGUUGGGUAUCCGAUUGAAGAUACGCCAUACAGCCCGCGAAGAUAUUAUGACUACACACCACCAUCAGACACCUAUGUAGCACCAAGUGGGAUUGACGGCCAGCAGCAAGUUUGGUCCCACAGCGGUGCAACAGAAUUUUUAGAAGUCUUAGUCGGAACUGUGCGGCCGGCCCUGCUGUCGGAUCUUUUUCCUGGUCUCCGCAUUACGAAAGAAAUACUUAUGGGUCAUUCGUUGGGUGGACUGUGCACGCUACAUGCGUUGUUUGAGAAUAGAUCCGAGCUGGAGCGAAGAAAAAUGUCAGGCAGUGAAAGCUUUGGCGCAGCAAAGGAGAAUGAAAGACAAUGCCGAUGCUCUAGUAGAUCGUCUUCGGAGGACCGGUCGUUUGAGAAAAUUGCGGGUAAAGGAAUAUGA